GUAUCUGUGGGGUAUCUGUUUUUGCUAGAGACCCGAAUGAAGUGAAGCGUACAGCCACCAGUUUGUCCUGGCACCCCGAUGGCAACCAUAAACUUGCUGUGGCCUACUCCUCCCUGGAGUUUCAAAGAGCACCCAAUGACAUGAGCUUCGACUCCUACAUAUGGGACAUUGAAAAUCCCAACAAACCUGAAAUGACACUGAAACCUGUAUCUCCACUUGUAUGUCUGGAGUACAACCCAAAAGAUUCACACAUUCUUGUUGGGGGAAGCUACAACGGACAAAUCACAUAUUGGGACACUCGUAAAGGCAGCCAGCCAGUAGAGAUGUCCACCAUCGAACACAGCCAUAGAGAUCCUGUCUACAAAGUCAUCUGGCUGCAGUCGAAGACAGGCACGGACAUCUUCUCG